AUGUUCGAGUUAGAAUCCCACCAAGGGCCGACGGCGGUAGAAUUCACUCUCUUGGAUGCUGUCGCCGAUGCAAUGGAAGAUAAGGCAUAUUUGGCAAAGGUAUUCAACACGUGGAAAAAUUCUGGAGAGUCUAGUGCCGAUGGUUUACUUCAUUUCCAAUUCCAUACCGCCAAGUUCAUACGUGAUCAUGUUGGCUGGAUAAUUCGCGACGACACUCAACCUAUUAUCGAUACAUUUUUACAAAUAAUCGACCAAGAGGCGCUUAUGGACAAAGAAUAUGCCAAAUAUCUCCUAUCGAGUAUCUUGAAGGGCACAUUUGCAAGUGAGGAUAUGGGAAGCUCAAAUGAAGGCCGGUACCAAUCCUGCCUUGCGACAACCGCAACCAUAGUCGAAAAGUUGUGGCAAAAGCGUGCAAUUUCAAUACUCCAAGCUCGGCAGUGGGUUUUUUUCCAGCAUUGGAUGUGGAUGGAACGACGGCCCCAAGGGGAGAUAGCCCUUUCUCAUUCCCUGGCUAGUUUACCCGAAACAUGGCCGAUAUGUAUCGAAGGAAGGGAAAGCCCAGCCCCUCAACGACUACCGGGGAUAUCGGCUUGGUAUGACCCGGCGAGAAUGGGACAAAACAGUGAAAUGGACGCCCUACCACAGAAUCAAACUCCAUUCGUCGCGUCGACAACUGCAACUACUCAAAUUGUCCAUCAAGGAACUGGGCAUCAACCGGCGGACACCAUAUCUAAGGACCAGACAUCACACGAUGGGUCGGUAUUCAUUGACACGGCUUCUGAAAACAUUGGUGUGGAAGGCCGCGAUAAGAGUCCCAUUUCAAACGGAAAUUCGCCGAUACAAAGCAUUACAGGAACUGGGGGGUCUCAGCCCAAAGUUUCUAGCGAGCCCGGAAUUUCACUUAUUAGCACUGCUAAAACUCCCCAGGGCGUCAGAGUAGGGAAGGACCACGACCUUGAGAAACGUGCACAGCCACUAGAAAGUUCCAAGAGAAGACAAUCGAAAAGACUGGCCGCAAACAGCAGUCGUCGAAAACAGCCGCGGAAACAAGUAAUCAAAGUUAAACGGGAAUUUCCUUUUAUCAGAGCUGAAAGGGAUGGGCAGCCUGGUUCGUCUAUUAACACCCCUCUUACUAUCAAUGAUUGA